AUGCUCGACGUCCUCUUCCCCGUCAUCGCCCUCGUCCUCCUCUUCCACGCUCUCCGCCACGCCCCCGCAUUCCUCGCGUCAUCGUCGGCAAACUAUGGACUGAGGAAUCGAUCCUUGCCCGCCGCGUACCGUCUCGCUCCACGCGCAGAGUGGCUUGUGGAACGCAGCAGCAUUACUGUAUCUGCUACAACGACAGCGCUCAACCCCGUUCCCAAAAGGAUCGCAUCUGGGCUUGGCAACAAUGCGCGCAUUCUGGCGAAACGGUUCUACGACGCCGGAGUGUUGUUUGGCAUCGUUGGCGGAGUGGUUGGCGUUGCUGGCGCCGUAUGGGCGUUGGCAAGAGUCUGGCUGGCAGUAUGGGACGAGGUGGAAGCUCAUGCUCAAGUUCAGAGCGUCCCAGUGCCGGCGCUCGUUCGACGUGCGGUGACCGCGAUUGCCCAGGUACCGGUCCCGAAACUGCACACGGCCAACGCCGGGCUUCAACCAUUGAUACCUGGAGUCACGACUCCACUCUCCCACCUCCCCACGCUCGUCCUCGCGAUCGUGCUAUGCCAGCUUGUCCACGAGCUCGGACACGCAGUUGCCGCGGCCCUCGACGACGUCACCCCGUCCAAGCUCGCGUUCAGCCUCCACCUCGUCAUUCCUUCUGCCUCCGUCAUCUUCCCCAGUUCAAUCGACUACCUUCCCGGCCGUACACGGGCGCGUAUCGCCACUUCGGGACCGUGGCACAACCUUUUGCUAUGGGUGACACUCUGGGCACUGGGCGGAGUUGGCAGCAGCGUCUUUUACCAGGACCGCGCAGCAGAAGGGAGGAUCGUCUCAGGCUUGGAGCCGGGCGCCGCACUGGCAUCUCACCUGCAAAGCGGCGACCUGAUCACCCAUGUCGACGACAAAUUCAUCGGCGGCCACGCAGACAUUUGGGAGAGGUACCUCACGGGCACAGAUACAAGUGCAGCUCACACCGGAUGGUGUCUCUCCAAGUGGGAGUUUGCCGAGGCGCCACGAGCCCCCUGCGAGCAGUCCAACCAGAUUGCUUUUCAGUUGUCGCCUGCUUCGGGUAAUGACAACUUGCGGUGUCUCGAACCACACACCAUCCUCGCACACCCUGCCGUGGACUGUCACUGUCCAGUGGCGCAGGUGUGUAUCCGCCCUGCGCCGUCCGAGCACAUUCUGCGUAUCCGUUUCCGACGCGGGUCGAAAUGGGACACAAUCCUGUGGUCGGGUGAGCGCACAGCCGUGCUUGACCAAGUGCACGUGACGACACAUACCCCGCGGCUCUGGGGAUCGGCGACUCAGUGGGGGAGCUUGUUCAUGACCUACAUGAGAAUCGCCACGUUGUCACUGUACCUCCUCAACCUCCUCCCGCUGCCACACACAGACGGGAUCCAGCUGCUGUCGGCCCUCUUGGCUGGCGGACACCGUGCUAUGCGCCCUGCGCGACAGCUUUCCACCCAACAGAGCAGCCGACACCCGACGAUCAAUCCGUACCGCUACGACGACUCGGAUGAUUCCGACGAUGGCGGCAGCGGAAGCGGUGGGGGUGGACCUGAACCGUCCUGGGCGACAGGACACGGACGACGAGAAGAUCUCUGGGCACGUAGAUUGAGGAGGGGAGUCGAGGGCACUACGGCUGCGGUAGUUGCCGGGUGGGCGUUGGGAUGGGCCAUGCUCGGUCUGCUGAGAUCGAGUUAG